AUGCCACACGUUGAUAAAACGACACAUAUUGAUACGAUACCACAUGUUGAUACGAUACCACGCGGUGACGAGAUCUGCCGAGAUCUUUCGUUGUUUUCUAUUUAUUUUAUUUCUUUGUCAUUCCUAAUGUUUUUUUUUCUUUCGUUUUUAUUUUCUUUUUUUCUAAUUGAUUAUCAAUUCACAUUUUUUGUUUUUAAUUUUAUUUUUCUUUCUUUCUUUCUUUCUUUCUUUCUUUCUUUCUUUCUUUCUUUCUUUCUUUCUUUCUUUCUUUCUUUCCAAUCACUUUUCUUUCUUUUUUACCAAUCACUUUUCUUUCUUUCUUUCUUUCUUUCUUUCUUUCUUUCUUUCUUUCUUUCUUUCUUUCUUUCUUUCUUUCUUUUCCCUCCCUUCGUCUUCUUUAUUUCAUUUUAUAUGCUUCCCUUUCUUUCUUUCUUUCUUUCUUUCUUUUCCCUCACUUCGUCUUCUUUAUUUGUUUUUUCCUAUUGCGACCUUCCGUCUUCUCUUCUUAGCAUUUUAUAUGCUUCCCUUUCUUUCUUUCUUUCUUUCUUUCUUGCUUUCUUUCUUCCUUUCUUUCUUUCUUUCUUUGUAUUUCGUUUAUCUACGUGUCCCUGA